AUGGAGAUCAUUUCCGCAAUUUCAGGACUCAUCGCCAAAGCGAUACUUAGUUCGAAGGAGCGACGCAUGGUUCUCUCUGAGAUCUACGAAUGGAUCCAGUUCAAUUACUCCUACUUCCGUAGUCGGGGCCCGGGUUGGAGGAACUCGAUUCGGCACAACCUCUCCUUGAACGACUGCUUCAUUAAAGUCGGUCGUUCGUCAAACGGGAAGGGCCAUUACUGGGGCAUUCACCCAGCCAACGUGGAGGACUUCUGCCGUGGGGACUUCCGCCGUCGAAGGGCACAGCGCAAGGUGCGUCGGGCUCUGGGUCUGUCGUGUCCAGGAGACGCCGACGACAGCGACUCACCACCGCUUUCUCCGCCACCCCCCCACUCCACCUUCGGUUUCCUGCCCUUCCGUUCAAUCGAUUCCGCAGGAAGGAGUCAACCCCAUCAAUUUGUUCAUCCACCACCACCACCGCCGCCGCCACAUCCUUCGAUUCCAAUGGACGUUUUCACGACGCUUUUAAAUGGCUUUGCCACAGCGGGCCUCCUGCCGCUACCUCCACAACCCCCCUUCUCGCUCCCACCACUGGAACCCCAUAAACCUCCCCUGCCACACAUCAAGCCGCCUCCGUCUGAGAGCUUCAGCGUCGCCAACUUACUGGGGAUGAAUGAGGAGGGACACGAGGGAGCACUUCCCAACUCACGAUGCGCCUGA